GCCCAGCAGGUGGAGCUGGUGGACUAUGAGGGCGUGGUGGAGAGGGUGGUGGGCGCUCUGGGCGACUCCGCCGAGGGAGAGGAGCUACGGCAUCUCGUGCUCUUCCCGGAGGACGACGUCACGCCCGCGACGGAGCCCCGGGAGCGGAGGACGCUGCGCUCCGCCGUCCCGGAGCUGGACGGCGCCGACGCCACCAGCCUCCUCGUGCGCGAGUGCAUCAAGACCUACAACUCGGACUGGCACGUCAUCAAGUACAAGUACGAGCCCUACUCGGGGGACGUGCAUCGUCUGCCCAGAAAGGACCUGCAGACGGACCGGCUCGUGAGUCACCAGUUCGAGAUCGAUGAGGUCACAGAGAACGACGAGGAUUCCGUGUCCAUGGCCUCGCUGAGAAGUGGCGUCACCAAGCAGGGCUGGCUCUACAAAGGCAACUUCACGAGCACGAGCAGCGUGACCAUGAAGACGUUCAAGCGGAGGUUCUUCCACCUGAGCCAGCAGCCGGACGGGUCGUACGCGCUCAACUUCUACAAGGACGACAAGAACCUGGCCGAGGCCAAGGGCUCCAUCUUCCUGGACGCGUGCCUGGGCGUCGUGCCGAACGCGAGGCUGCGGCGGCACGCGUUCGAGCUCAAGAUGAUGGACCGCAGCAGCGUGGUGCUGGCGGCGGAGAGCGAUGCCGAGGUGGACGAGUGGAGGGCCCUGCUCCACAAGGUGCUGCAGGGCCAGUUCGAGGCGGCCAUGCAGGACAACAAGGCCCAGGAGGCGGACAGAAGGAGUCGAGAUGACAGCGAUUGCCCUGAUGCAGCGGAGUCGUGCGAGAGCUCCGAUAUUCAGCUGCAGCUCGUCACGGAUGCCAAGACGCACGAGGAGACGACGAGGGUGAGCAGGAAGGAGGGCCGGCUGAACGUGUUCGUGCUCACCCCCGAGAUGCAGGCCUCGGCAAGAGGAUGA